AUGUACGGUGAAUCUUUACUCGCCGCCACAGGAUCGCCCGCGCACGUCAACCUCAAUUCCGAACCCCCCGCAGCCCCUCGCAUCCAGCUCGCUCCACUCUCCACUCGCCCCUUCCGCAGCCUGCGCUUCAUCACAAGGAGUCGCCGUAGGAAUAUCUUCGACGCAAGAAUAGAUCGCUUCGAGCUGGGGGGAGAUAAGCCGGAAACUCUAGGUACCUCCGACUUCUGGCCUUCACCCGAUUCUCCGUCCGCGACACCUCUCCCGGCACUCUCAGCGUCGUUUCCAUCGUCCAACCAGCCAGGUGCCAAUGAAUAUGUGCCACCCUCGAUUGUGCAUGCGUACGCCGACGUGUACGAUCGCCCUUCGCCGCUGAUCGACUAUGACUUAUCCGCCCUCGACCAAGAAUACUCCUCGCCCCUUCACUUGCCUUUUCGCUCGCAAACUCCCCGCAGCUUUUCUGAGUGGUACGUGCUCUUAGUGGAAGCUUGCAUGGUCAGGACAGUGCCGGCCGAAAACACCCUAGGUUUCUCUCCUCCCCUCGCGCAUCUGCCCCUUUCCUCCACAAAUACCCGUGACGCCACCGCCGCUGACGAGGACAAAUCGGACGACGCCUCUUUGUUUCCUCGCUUGAUCGACGGCAUGCUCGCGUUCUCCGACCAUCCCAGCCUUGUCAGCCAGAACCACGCAACUUCUCCCCGCCUCAGUCCUCUCGACAUCAACAGUGGCUCCUCGUCGCCGUCAGGAUACUCGGCCUAUGAGUAUUCUUCGAACGAUUCAUCCCUCGACGUCCCCGCAACCUGGAUGCCGUCAACGCCGACGACCCUAGCCACGAACUCUACAUGGGACCCAUCCACCAUGAACUCCGCCGGGUCUGCGUCCGAUGCCUUCAUGGACGGUCUGGAUGGUUCUCCCAGUCUGUAUAACUUAGAAGUCGCCCAGUGGUUGUCGUUCGCCGAAAUCGGUCGAGAAGUUGCACAGCCCGACCCCCCUUACGUCCCUUCAGAGAAGAAGUGGGAGCUCUCCAUGCAAGACAUUCCUGGAGGGGAUAGCAGCCACUCGCGUCCACGCGAUGAGGCUACCUGA